CUGCUCACUCUGUAGCACUGACUCUCUGCGGGAGGAAGAUCCAUCCACACGGUUACCGGAGCAAGUGAACCCAGCACCUAAAGACCAGCACCAUGGCUCUGACCGCAGACCCCAACUUCCAGAAGCUGGAGCAGUGGUACCAGCAACACGGCGGGAGCCUGAACAUGAGGGACAUGUUCGACAGUGACAAGCAGCGAUUCAACAAGUUCAGCACGAUUCUGGACACGGAUGAAGGGGAGAUCCUGCUGGACUACUCCAAGAACCUCAUCAACCAGGAGGUCAUGGCCAUGCUGCUCUCCAUGGCUAAGUCGAGGGGAGUGGAGGAGGCCCGAGAGAAGAUGUUCUCUGGGGAGAAGAUCAACUUCACCGAGGGCCGCGCCGUGCUGCACGUCGCCCUCCGCAACCGCUCCAACACGCCCAUUCUGGUUGACGGCAAAGAUGUGAUGCCCGAGGUCUGCGGGGUGCUGGACAAGAUGAAGGCCUUCUGUCAGAAAAUCCGCAGUGGUGAGUGGAAAGGCUUCAGCGGGAAAAGUAUGACUGAUGUGGUGAAUAUCGGCAUCGGCGGCUCCGACCUGGGACCUCUCAUGGUGACCGAGGCGUUGAAGCCGUACUCUGAUGGAGGUCCAAACGUCUGGUUCGUCUCCAACAUCGACGGGACUCACAUGGCCAAGACGCUGGCCAAGCUCAACCCAGAGACCACGCUCUUCAUCAUCGCCUCUAAGACGUUCACCACCCAGGAAACCAUCACCAACGCAGAGUCGGCCAGAGACUGGUUCCUGCAGACGGCCAGUGAUAAAUCUACUGUUGCGAAACACUUUGUUGCUCUGUCCACCAAUGCAGCCAAAGUGAAGGACUUCGGCAUCGACACAGAGAACAUGUUUGAGUUCUGGGACUGGGUUGGAGGUCGUUACUCACUGUGGUCGGCCAUCGGUCUGUCCAUCGCUCUGCACAUAGGCUUUGAGAACUUCGAGCAGCUUCUUGCAGGAGCUCACUGGAUGGACAACCAUUUCCGCAGCGCUCCCCUGGACCAGAACGUGCCGGUGCUGCUGGCUCUGCUGGGCGUCUGGUACGUCAACUUCUUCAAGGCGGAGACUCACGCCAUGCUGCCCUACGACCAGUACAUGCACCGCUUCGCCGCUUACUUCCAGCAGGGAGACAUGGAAUCCAACGGGAAGUACAUCACCAAAGAUGGCAGCCGUGUAGAUUACCACACAGGACCAAUCGUGUGGGGGGAGCCGGGGACCAACGGGCAGCACGCCUUCUACCAGCUCAUCCACCAAGGCACUCGGAUGAUUCCUGCUGACUUUCUCAUUCCUGCUCAGUCUCAGCAUCCAAUCAGAAACAACCUGCACCACAAGAUCCUGGCAGCCAACUUCCUGGCUCAGACUGAAGCUCUGAUGAAGGGGAAAACUACUGAGGAGGCUCGGAAAGAGCUGGAGGCCGGCGGGAUGUCGGGAGACGCUCUGGAGAAACUCCUGCCUCACAAAGUGUUUGAAGGGAACAAGCCAAGCAACUCCAUUGUUUUCAAGAAGCUAACUCCAUUCAUACUGGGAGCUCUGGUUGCCAUGUACGAGCACAAGAUCUUUGUGCAGGGAGUCAUGUGGAACAUCAACAGCUACGACCAGUGGGGGGUGGAACUGGGGAAACAGCUCGCCAAAAAGAUCGAGCCAGAGCUGAAGGGGGACUCGGACGUAACGUCUCACGACUCGUCCACAAACGGCCUCAUCAACUUCUUGAAGAAGAACUUUGCCUGAGCGCCCCCCGUCCCCCCCCCCCGUCCCCCCUACUGUCCCCCCCGUCCCCCCUACUGUCCCCCCCGUCCCCCCCACUGUCCCCCCGUCCCCCCUACUGUCCCCUCAUCGUUGUUGUUUGAGCAAGCACUUCCCG